CCGGCUUUUCGCGGUCUACUUGCCUCAGCGGCGGGCUCUGGACUGUUACGCUCUGUCUUUCAGCCCCGGGCCACUGUUUGUGCGCGCACGCCGCCUCACGCGACAAACUCAUGGCGGAGCGCGGGGAACUCGAUCUGACAGGCGCCAAACAGAAUACCGGCGUGUGGCUGGUCAAGGUUCCUAAAUAUUUGUCCCAGCAGUGGGCAAAAGCCCCUGGAAGAGGUGAAGUUGGGAAACUGAGGAUUGCCAAGAAUCAAGGAAGGACUGAGGUAUCAUUUACUUUGAAUGAGGAUCUCGCAAAUAUUCAUGAUAUUGGUGGGAAACCAGCUUCAGUCAGUGCUCCUAGAGAGCAUCCGUUUGUCUUGCAAAGUGUUGGAGGACAGACAUUAACCGUGUUUACCGAGAGUUCAUCAGAUAAACUGUCGCUGGAAGGAAUAGUGGUACAGAGAGCGGAAUGCCGACCUGCUGCCAGUGAAAACUACAUGAAAUUAAAGAGAUUGCAAAUAGAAGAAUCUUCCAAACCUGUAAGGCUAUCACAACAGCUGGACAAAGUUGUAACAACCAAUUACAAGCCUGUUGCUAACCAUCAGUACAAUAUUGAAUAUGAAAGGAAGAAGAAAGAAGAUGGAAAGCGAGCUCGGGCAGACAAACAACACGUCCUAGACAUGCUGUUUUCAGCUUUUGAGAAACAUCAGUACUAUAAUCUUAAGGACUUGGUGGACAUCACAAAGCAACCAGUGGGAUACCUGAAAGAAAUCUUGAAAGAAAUCGGCAUUCAGAAUGUAAAGGGAAUUCACAAGAACACAUGGGAGCUGAAGCCGGAGUACAGGCAUUACCAAACAGAAGAGAAGAGCGACUGAGGGAAGCAUGUGCUAAACAGUCACAGCAGGCCUCAGCUGCCCAGCCAACGGGACAGGUCAAAGACAGCUGGAUCUGCCAUUCCUCUCAGAAAACUGUUAACGCUGGGAUUCCAUAAAGUUUCUUAACUGGUUUUUUUUUUUUUUUUUUUUUUUUUUUUUUUUUUUUGAAGAGAAAUUGUUAUUUAUAGACUAAACUUGUUUUAAACCAUAGCAUUCGGUGGGCAUGCUGGCACAUGCAUGUGUCCAACACUCAGGAGACGGAGGCAGGCAAGUGUGAGUUUGAGGCCAGCCUGGAAUACACAGCAAGACCUUCCCCUAUAGAAGAAAAAAAUGAUGGUAUGGGUGGGGGUCUGGGAAUUAAAACUGCUUUUGUUCUUAUCGGUUAACUUUGCAAGUGUGAGUGGGAUAUUUCCUAAAUGAAAUUGAAUCUCUGAGGAACUAAGGUAAGAAAGGAGGAAGGUAGGAGGAAGGGGCGUCAGCCAAGAAACUAUUGGGGGAAUGCAGAGUUUCCUUUUUCUGAAACUGAAGAGGGAACUUACUUUCUACAGAGAUCGUGUUUCACCUUUAAAUAUAGAUUAAUAAAGAGAUCUAUCCCCUUUGUACUAAGUGA